GGAGGGUGGAGAGGAGGUCCCGCCCCCACCUCGCUCUCCUUUACGGGAAGUGAUGUGAGACCAGACGGAAAAUACCCCCCAAGGACCCAAAAAAGGCCGGCAGCGGGUGGACGCGGCGCGCGCGGGGACAGAGCGGCGUGGGACCGCGGGCGGAACCAGACGAAAAGUGCCUUUUUAGAAGAGGACAUGUGACUGCAAGUUGUCUAACUGUUGAAGUGUUGGGAAUUCCAGCCUCUAAAGCCUUAGGAAAAUCAAGCAACGAUUUAUAUUUUGUCAAGGUGAACCACUGAGCUCUUCAUUAUGUCUGAUGGAGACUAUGAUUACCUCAUCAAGUUUUUAGCUUUGGGAGACUCUGGAGUAGGGAAGACCAGUGUACUUUACCAGUACACAGAUGGUAAAUUUAACUCCAAAUUUAUCACGACAGUCGGCAUUGACUUCAGGGAAAAGAGAGUGGUGUACAGAGCCAAUGGGCCAGAUGGAGCUGUGGGCCGAGGCCAGAGAAUCCACCUGCAGCUGUGGGACACAGCAGGGCAGGAGAGGUUUCGUAGCUUGACAACUGCAUUCUUCAGAGAUGCUAUGGGGUUUCUUCUGCUUUUUGACCUGACAAAUGAGCAAAGUUUCCUCAACGUCAGAAACUGGAUAAGCCAGCUGCAAAUGCAUGCGUAUUGUGAAAACCCAGAUAUAGUGCUAUGUGGAAAUAAGAAUGAUCUGGAAGACCAGAGAGUGGUCAAAGAGGAAGAAGCCAGAGCACUUGCAGAGAAAUACGGAAUCCCCUACUUUGAAACUAGCGCUGCCACAGGGACAAACAUAAGCCAAGCGAUCGAGACGCUCCUGGACCUGAUCAUGAAGCGGAUGGAAAGGUGUGUGGACAAGUCCUGGAUUCCCGAAGGCGUGGUGCGCUCCAACGGUCACACCUCUGCAGACCCGCUGAGUGAAGAAAAGGAGAAGGGGUCGUGUGGCUGUUGAAGAGUCAAGUGAGCUCCACAGUAAUGCAGGCGGCCCAUGUCUGUGACCUUCUCUAUGGGGGAUACAGGGCACAGAGAGAGAUGAACGAGCAUUUUGUGCAGAUGGCUUCUCACCAUCCCAAUCAGACCUAUCAGAGAAGCAACCAGUUCAAAAAUUCAUUUGCUGCAGCUUUGUAUAUAUUUCUUUAAGAUUCAGCCUGGGAGUUAGGAGAACUAUUUCUCAUACCCAAAAGUGCCUUAUAAAACCUUCACACACAGCAGUAGAUCAUUCAAGGAUUCAGGAUUUCAUAGUCCCGGAACAGUGCAGUGAUUCUGUUUAUUUUAACUGAAGAUCCUGUCACCUGCCUUAACAUAGACAGGCCCAGUCUCACAUUCAAGAUCUUAGAUGCAGUUAUAAAACUAGCAGACUUGAAUCCAAAUUAAAAAACCCUGCUUGUACCCCAGGUGACUUUCAAAAAUGCCAUCUAGACCAUUUGAAUGUUGAAUAAGAAUAUCCACAAACCAUGGUUCAGUGGUCCUUGAGCAUUAAUUUAUGCACGCAUUCUCUGUAAAAUGAAUAUAGGACCAAUUAUUGGCCAUAUCGACGGACCCUGGGUAAACUGGAUUAACCAAUUACAUACUCGCUGUGACUAUUGUUGGUGGGAAGGUGGUUGGGGGUGAGGGACAAGGUGGCUUCAUGUUGUGUGAACAACCGAAGCGAGACUUCUGGCUCCCUGCUAGAUUCCAUUGCUCUCAAGGGUUGAUUGUCGGGUCAGGGAACUAGACGUCUGUGGCUUUAGUUCACCGUGAGUUGUGCAUUUAUACCUGGCCUGUGUGCUGGCUACAUCUGAGCACAGCUGGUGCUUAUGCUGAAGUUAUUUGUGAUAAGCAAACAUUUAGCUCCUUUUUCUUCACAUUUAUAAUGUUGGGCCGGCAUCCUCUGACAGCAGGUUCAAUUAGCUUGUGAACCACUAAUCCUCUGUCUUCACCAUCAGGCUCUAGAGUGUUGACAUUUGCCACUUGUUUUAUUUUCACAUCGGUAGAAUUGAAGGAAUUAGUUUCUAAUUCCAUAAAAUAUCUGUUUACUCUCUGGUGGAAGAUGGAUGUUUGUGUUUAAGCAGUGACUCAUACUCUAGCUCAGUGUAAGACAAAUGAAGUGUUCUGUAGCCCAUAUUUUCCAUUGAGGUCAUGGGCAUUUACUGCAUUUGCUGGAUCUUGCCAAGGUCGUGUUCUCUUCUGCAUUGCCAAAGUGUCUUUUUACCAAAUUAAAGGUGGUUUCAAAAUAUGCUUCAUGGCAGUUGUUUAUAAAAUCAAAGGGGGAAAAUUCUUAUUUAUUAAAGUAGUUUAAGUAAAGUAGAUUACAAUUUCCAAGGAGCUUAAUGGCUAUAUAGGGAGAAAUACCACUCAUUACGAUUUAAAUAAGGAAUAGAAAUGAAUGUAUUUUGUGGUGGCAAAUGUUUGGCAUAAUGAUAAUUAGAAAAAUACAACUGUGAUGGAAAGUAUUGACUUUUAUAUGAUAAUUUUCCAAUGGCUGUUUAUUGAGCACCUGUCCUGCUUUUUUUUGUUUUUUGUUUUUUUGCCACUGCCUUCCAGGAUUACCUAAAAAAAACUUAGCUGUGCUUACUAAGAUCUUACACAUUUCUAUCUUUGAAAUGAGGGCUUUUGUGAAUACUAAGAAGUCUUUGAGUCCCGUGCAUUUGAAUUGUGUAUCCCAGUGAGGAAAUGAUCCAGACAUUUCAGGCGCAGGGCCAUAAUCACCAGCAGUGCCUCCUAAAGUUACCAUAAGGCUUAAGUGAAGUAAAUUGUAAUUUUAUAGCUACAUAUCAGGGAACAUUUUAUAUGGUUUAUUUGUAUUGUUAAAAAGAAGACAAUAUCUGUAUGUUUCAGCCUAUCGGGAACCAAAUGAGCAGUUAGUUACAGAUUCCACUGGCCUUAAACAUAAUACACAAUUAACUGUAUACAUGAUACAGUACACACACAAGAGCCGUCUUUAAUUAUUGAAAUAAAUUACUUGUAUUCUCUUUGGAAAUCAUUGGUUUUAGUUGAUAUUGAAGUCCCACCUUUUUGUGAGUCAAUGUAUUUUUCUAUUUACAAGCUUGUGUAAAAGUGAAGUGUAUCUUCAGUGAACUUUGUGCCAAUUACACGUACAAUAAAAAAAAAGUGGUUUAAUCUGUCAA